AUGGCGGCGGAGGAGAAGGAUCCUCUGAGUUAUUUCGCGGACUAUGGGAGCUCGGAGAGCAGCAGUGAGGAAGAGGACGGGGAUAGGAAGGGAAGGGCGGCGGAGGUGAAGAGGCCGCCCCCAGCACGCCGCCUCCCCGGACCUGAUGAGCUCUUUCAGACUGUUAGCCGCCCGGCCUUCCUGUCCGCCCCUUCCAGCUCCACCAUCAACUGGGAGAAGAGGCUCAUCCGACCCCCCGAGGAGCCUCCCAGAGAGUUUAAGGUGUGGAAGACGAAUGCAGUUCCUCCUCCGGAAUCCUACAAGAUAGAGGAAAAGAAGGGGCCGCCCCCUGAGUUGGACAUGGCUAUAAAAUGGUCCAGUAUGUACCAAGACAACGGAGAUGAUGCUCCUCAACAGGUGAACAAGGUUACGUUUCUUCCGGAUGAAGAGAACCCUGAUGACUCUCCCGACGAAGAGGAUGAGCCAACUUCAGCAAAGAAGCGAAAGGUCUCCUAG